ACCUGGGCAACUCAGGAAGACAGACUAGCCAAGUAUGAGUCCUAAAAUGCAUCGAAGGCGUUCCAGGCCAUCAUCAGAAUGUCAUAUACUUAUAAAUAACCCAAUAAAUGCCUGUGAAUUAAGCCCUAAAGGAAAAGAACAGGCAGUGGACUUAAUUGUCCAAGAUACUGAUGAAAGAAUAAAUGUACCUGUAACUGUGCCAAAGUUACCAAUUAAUUUAGCAGGAGUUUCCUCAAGUAAGGUUUAUAUCAGCAAAAUACAUCCGAAGUCAUUGAGGAUAUAGUUUUAGGUAAAUCAACAGGACAUCAACUAGAAAAUAAAGUUAUUCAUGGACUUGCCACUGUGGAAGGUCAGUUAACAUCUGAUGAGAGAGGAGCACACAAAAUGAAUAGUACUUGUACUGCAGUGCCAAAAUUGCCUGAACCAUAUGCUUCCACUCAAAACUUUGGAACUGUGGGUGGACUCAAUUCAGCCAGCAUGUCAGAGAAAAACUCCUGCAAUUUACAAAUGAAGUUGAAUACAUCUGGAAAUGAACAAUUUUUGGAUAACAGUUUUGACCAACUUAAACGGAGACUUGAGUUAGAUAUCGAUAGUUUGCAAAAAGAAAACUGCCCUUACAUCAUAACUGGAAUAGCUGAACAAGAAAGGCAACAUUUGUCAGAAAAAAGAUACUCUAAGGGAUCUAUCUUUAUUAAUAAGAAUAAAAUGUUAGCUACUAACUCCAAAGAAAGCGAGGAGAUAUUAAAAAACAAGAUGUCAGCUUUUGAAGAAAUGCGAAAGAGACUAGAAGAACAACAUGCCCAGCAGUUAUCGCUACUCAUUGCUGAGCAGGAAAGGGAACAGGAAAGACUGCAGAAGGAAAUAGAAGAGCAAGAGAAAAUUUUAGAAGAUAUCAUCCCGCGGUAUGGCAUACCUAAGGUACUUGGCUCAGAUAAUGGCCCAGCAUUCGUUGCCCAGGUAAGUCAGGGAAUGGCCAAAAUCCUGGGGUACAAAUGGAAAUUACCUUGUGCAUAUAGACCCCAAAGCUCAGGACAGGUAGAAAGAAUGAACAGAACUUUAAAAGAGGUCCUGACUAAAUUAUCCGUAGAGACUGGCAUAACAGACUGGACAGUCCUCCUCCCCUACGCCCUCUUUCAGACUAAAAGCCCUAGAAACAAUACAGAAAGAAAUCUGGAGCCAAUCGCAGGUUCAAACACUUGGGACAUCCCUGAACUAAGCAUUGAACAGGCUCUAGCUCGUGCCUCCGGACCCCCGGCACGCAUCCAGCAUGGUCUCCCGGGGUCAAUGGACAACCCCCAACCCUUAAACGGGCUUGCGGGGGACCCGAUCAAUUCUUCUGUGCACAAUGGGGCUGUGAAACCACCGGUGACGCCUAUUGGCAUCCCUCCUCACGACAGUUGGAUAACUGCCCCACCUGCGCGUGGGCUAGGCUAUGUCUUCCGGAACGCUGUAACCGCUGAAACUGCCCAACUGCCCCACCUGCGCGUGGGCUAG